AUGUUGUACACAACAGGUGCCUCAGUAGAGGAGCCCUCUCACAGUCUCACAAAUGCUACGAAUAACUCUGGGAGGGCAAGACAUCGACCAAAGGCGUUGCAGAUCAAACCAUUGGACCCCAACGAGCUGAGCGCCAAGUUGGAUGACCUUUCAGUUGGUCCUUACGGCCAACCCAGCCCUUCAAUCCAUACCGAAAACUCAGCCAGGCCGCCGCUAUCUGCUACAAGCAUGGGUGCACCAUCCCCUAGGACUAUCCCCGCCAUAAAGCAAUCUGCACAGACAACCCCAGUGUCUUCGAGAUCUUUCAAGAAGGACAAGGUGGACGACAAGCUGAGCCUACUAUCGCCCACAAAGCCUCCACGCCGGGGUAGCAUCUUUGAUGCGUUCCGUUUCAGGGGCUCAAACUAUACUGAAGAAGCACAAACACAAGAAGUGGAAAAUGCUCCAAAGCCCGCUCGCUAUAAGCAUGUUCCUCAAGUGGCAGCACAACAGUUUGCUCGUACCACCACUGUAGAGCCUUUGACACAAAAGGCUUCACCUAAUGGCCUGAGACCUCCUCCUGGUCCUCGCUCCAUGAGCAACGCCACCAUAUCGCUGCAGGAAUACAACAAGCAGUAUAGGCGAGCACAGAGUAUCUGCAGUGGCAGACCAUCGAGUGGCCACAACCAUUCAAGGAAGGGCAGUUAUGCGGAGAUGAACGAGCGAUCCUCCCAGCAAAAGAGACAGAAUCCUCGGACUUCCAUGUACUGGCAGGGCAAUAGGCCUGAGCUACCAAGAAGAAUGAGCACAGGCAACAUGUCGGGGAAGAACGACCCGCAGCCCCCAUCUCCGUUCCGACGAGAUUCCGCGAGCGUUGGAGGCUUUCAGGGAAACAAUGCCCCAAGCUUAAGAAGAGGUUCUGCUAGCUCAUCGGGGUUCUCAGACACAUCAUCAUCGUUCGCGCGUGAUUCUGGCCUAGCUACACCGUUGAAGCAAGAAUUUAGCGGAAACACUUCACCCAACCGUCGAGGGUCUGAGACUAGCGCCGCAACUUCUGGAUCGCGAAGAGGCAGCUUCGUCAAUGUCCCAAACCCCCAGCACACAGCCGAGAUACACCGCGUGGACUGGUCUCAAAGCGAUCAAUCCACCAAGAUCCAACAAGAUUCCAAGUGGGGAGGCCUUAAACAGCGGAAGACCAGCGUAAGCCAGCAAAAAGCUAAUAACGAGAAAGAAGGUCCUCAUGUCAUCGAGGCAGCGGUUGCUAUCAAGUCGCCAAAAACUGGAUUCUUCAAACGAUUGAUGCAUUAG